GUGCUGCUGCUGAGCGCCCGCUUCACUGGCGAGGCGGCGCAGCCGGUGGCGGUGGCGCUUCAUGGCACCAUCCGUGCACCGCGGCCGCUGUAUGCGGCCUGUCUGCGCGUCACGCACACACCUGCGCUCGCAGCGCCCUUGUUGUCCGUUUUUCUUACGGACCGCGACGGCACCAUUCUGCUGUACAACGUGGAGAUGACUUGGCGGCAGGAGCAGGGGCAGGCAGGCGGGGGCCGGAUGGAGCUGCGGCCCACCGACGAGAGCUCUAUCGUCGUUGUGGACCACGGCAAGGCAGUGGGGGACUUAAAUGUGGUGAGCGUGCCCGGGCCGGAGGAUUCUCUGCUCGCGUACUCACCAUCGCUCUCCACAAUGUACCUUCUGUCGUGGAGUUAA